AUGGACUGGCAUCGCGAGCGAGGGACGACGAAGAAGAAGAAGAAGAAGAAGAUGGCAGCAGAAGCUGGACAGGUAGAAGAGGGAUACGGACGCCCCUCCGCUGAUCAGAGGAAGGUACCAACAGAGGAAGCAAGGAAGGAAGGAAGGAAGUUGCGCGUGGGCUACAUCCCAGAGCACUUUGCUUCUCCUCUCCUCCUCCUCUCCCGCACACCCUGGGGCGAAGCCAACCUCGAACUCGUCUCCCAACCAGCAGGAACAGGUCAAGUCCUCACUUCCUUCGAUGCUUCCUCCGCGGAAGGUCAGAAGAUUGAUGUGGCCAUUGCUCUGACCGAGGCCCUCAUUGCCGGUAUCGCCAAGGGCCGUCAGGACCUUAAGCUCGUAGGUAGCUACGUCAAGACUCCCCUAGUGUGGGCCGUGAGCACAGGUACUUCCCCUCAAGCCGAAAAGUACCAGAGUAUCGAUGAUCUCCGGGGUACUACGCUGGGCAUUUCCCGUGUUGGGUCUGGAAGCCAGAUCAUGGCAAGCGUAAUGGCACUGCAGCGCUCCUGGCCUACAGGUGGCGAAGGCGCUGCCGAAGAGGGUGGUAUUAGUUUCCACAUCGACAAUACCUUCCCCUCUCUGCGAUCUUCGGUCAACACCGGACGAACCUCGGCAUUCAUGUGGGAAACUUUCACCACGAAGCCCUUCUAUGACUCGGGCGAGGUGAGAAAGAUCGGUGAAGUACCCACCCCUUGGCCCUCUUGGACCAUUGCCGCUUCGACGAACACGGCACUUGCCUCGCUUCCCUCAAGGGCGCUCCUAGAUGACUUCCUGCAUCGUUUACAGGGUGCAAUUGUGGACUUUACAAGUCAGGAGAGUUUGAGAGAGUCAAGGCCAGAGGAGUUCAUCAUCGAAGAGCUGGGCUAUCAGAGGAAGGACGUAGAGGACUGGUUGAAGACGGUUAGGUGGGUAGGCGAUGGGAGGGGCAGCGUCCCUGAUACGCCUACGUUGGGACAAACGACUAGCACUGCAACCGUCUCUCGCCAAGUGCUCAUCCAGACCCUUCAGACACUGCAGAAAGCCGGAGUGCUCACUUCUGCUCAAGCCGAAGGCGACGGUGCAGACCCAAGCCUGUUCAUCGAUCCAUGGGGUAACGGCGAUGUUGGAAGGCUAGUGGAGUAA